AUUUAACUACAGUAUAGGACAUGUGAGACGAUCGUCACAGCGGUCACAGACAGUACCAUGCCUAUCGCAGACCUAUUGGGUGUCCAGCUCGACAUGCAGUUCCUGUGGAGGUUGAGUCUUUCUGCGGCUGUGGUGCUGCUGGUUUCCUGGGCUUACAAAUUUUAUAGUUCGAGGGACAGGCGGACAAGGGGAUUAUGCGGCAACAAAAAUGGAAGUUGCCAAAACUGCAGUGCGAUGUUGGACUUAACAAAAAAUGAAUCAGAAGAUGUGGACAAAGAGAUACUCAAUCUACACAGGCAGUCAGCAGUCUCCACCAGUAAUAUUUCAUUUGGAACUUCUUUGAAGCAUUCGCAUCCAGCUGAGAAAGGGAUGGCCAAUGCAACAGGGCGCGUCUCCCCGUGCUUUCUGCAGCGGCUAGAGGGGAGUGUGGGUGUGGGCAGGGAGCUCAGGCAGGACUUAGAACGCCAGGGGGCCCACUGCAGUUUCCUCUCCAAGGCCGAGAUCAAAGUCGAGGACGCGAACGUCCUGGCGGAGGGAACAGGAGAUCAGAUUGUACGCGGGAAGAUAUAUGAUUACUACGUGGAGUCCUCCUCUCGUUCAAUUACAGAAUUGGGAGAGACUAAAUCAGUAGCAGAGAUUGUGCGUCAUGGCAACGGUGAAUCUCUUUCCUCCAUGAACACCAUCAUUUUGCGUGAUCUGGUUUUAACGCAGAGCAAUGAUCAGAAUUCCUACACUCCGCUGGGGAAGCUCAAACAGAGGCCCCCCGCCAGGCCCACACUGCAACGCAACCAGAGUUAUCAGUCUGCCGCAGAGGAGUCAGAGUUUGCCAUUCCCCCCCUGACUUCAAGAGGCGCAACUCCAGCGACAUACUCUCCCACUUCUCCCUCAGUUCACUGUAAGAUCUGUCCUUCAAUAGAAAAUGUAAAUGUGGAAGAGUCAGAGCCAGAUGCAAAACCUUUAUUUUUACAGCUUCAACUAAGUGACUGUACAGAUUUAGAAAGUGUGAAAAGUAGGAUAAAUUUAGGCAAUUGUUUGGAAAUUUUGCAAUUGGCCAAAAGAGAGGAGCACACAUUACUUCAGCAAGCAGCUCUUUGUGUUAUGUCCGAUAACUAUUUACAAGUGCUCAGAGAUCCUAACCUUUAUGGAAGACUAUUGGCAGGAGAAAGGGAGCAAAUCAGGAAGUUGAGAAUGAAAGGAAGAGUGUAUGUUAUGGUGGCUGACAUGGACCCUCAGGACUGGGUCCAAGACACAGAAGAAAUUCAGCCUUCCAGUGCAAUAUACUACUACGAUGACUACAAAGAUAACUGGCAAAAACUGUGCCAGAUACCGCCCGAAGUCAUCUCCAAAGCUUGCAGCAUGUGUACCCUGGAUAACUACCUUUAUGUAGCGCUGGGCUGCCAGUGCACAGGCAGGGAAGUGACACCAUCAAAGCGAGUGUUUUGCUAUAAUCCUUUGACAUCCAUUUGGAGAGAGAUCAGCCCUAUGAACCAAGCUAGGCCGCGGUGCAAGCUGGCAGCUCUUGAUGGUUGCAUAUACGCCAUCGGGGGCGAGUGUCUGUCCUCUGUGGAGCGCUACGACCCACGCUUGAACAGAUGGGCGUUCGUGGCACCACUUCCUAAUGACACUUUUGCGGUCGCCCAUCACGUUGCAGUAUGCGAUGGGGAGAUUUUUGUAUCUGGGGGGACGUUACGGUGCAUGUUACUGCGCUACAACCCUCAAGUGAACUCUUGGAGGGUGAGUCUGCUAGGGAGUAAAGACCGGACAGCAGAUAUGGUGGCAGUGGGGAGGUUUUUGUACCGUUUUGAUGUGAAUCCACUGCUAGGGCUCAGCGUGUAUCGGUAUCACUCCUUUGCCAGAUUGUGGUAUGAGUGCAGUAGCAAGCGUAUACUUAGAUGUCCAGCUUUUCAGUGUGUGGUGAUGUAUGGGAAUAUUUACUGUGUGAAUCGCCAGUUCACUCUAAAGUUUGAUGCUGACGAGGUGUUCCCUGCUUUUGCAGAUGAGGAGUUGAGUGUGCUCCCUGCAGCUAAGGGCAUGUUAUUCCCAUUUGUCCUCUCUCUGCCUGAUAAGAACCCUCGUCAGACCAGUGUGUAACAAGGGUUGGGCUUUCAGCAAUAACAUUAGUUAAUGGGUUGCUAAAGUCACCUAAAACAUUAUAUUUUUUGCAACUCUUGUUAUGAUCACUUUGUUUAAUGUAUAUUAAUGCAGAUGUUUAGAUUUCAUUUUAUUUUAUAAAUCAGUUAGAUCUAAUUCAAAUCUGUAGUGUUGAAUAUUCAGGGGCAAUGUUUUUUUUUUUUGUUUUUUUUUUUACAUAUUCAAUGCCGUGAACUUGUCUCCAGCUCAUGUCAAUAAUGGAAAAAAACAGAUGCAAAUUGGAUGCUAUUUUAAGCCCUAUUUCCCAUGAUAUUUCCGCUUGUCUAAUCUUAUGUCAUUGUAGGUAUUAGGCCUCCUGUAUCUGCAUGUACAUCAUAGAUUUCCAAUUAAACUACUCAAGCUUAUUCAAUAAGUGACUAAUUUAUCAUAAUGUGUGGCAGGUUGAAUGAACACUGUUGUGAAAGCAAUACAAUUAUGUACAAUUGCUCUUUGUAUGUGACAUGUUCUAAAUGGCAUAAUGGCAUUUAAUGAGACACUUCCAACCCACUUCCUUCAAAUUUAGCUUUACAAGAACUGUCUGACUCUUGUCUGUAAGCAUUUGUUUUAAUUAUACCUGCACAAUCAGUGUAAAUGUUAUCCCUUCAGUUGUAAUCAUCAAAGACUAAUGGCAAUUUCCAUAAAUCUUUGAAGUGUAAAAACAUGUUGCAAAUGGUAAUAAAAAUUCUA